CGUGCAGCGAGAGCGCCGGACUGUGUGUGCGCGAAUGUCGACUUCGCCGUCCGUCCCGGCAUCGAUCGAGCGUCGGUCGCAGUAGCGCUGCGUUCGGCGGUGUUUCGUUAGUUGCGUUUUCGCUUUCAUCGGAGCAAGUUGGGCAGCAGGAAGCGCCGGAGCAGCGAGAGUGUGCCAGACGUGUGCGUGUGCGAGACGAGUAGGAAGCAGCACGUGAGGAAAACGAACCAAACGGGCAAGCGAGCGUUCACUUUCGUCGCGGCUUUAGUUUUUCCGUCAACAUUUUCUCCAAGUGCUAGAAGUUGUGUGGUUGCGAGCGUGUGUGUGUCCACCAAUGUUGUGUGAAAAGUGAACAGCUCUUGGAAAAGCGCGUUGUCCAUCGAAGUUGAAAGGUGGCAGAGGUCGUGUAUUUAGGCAGCCGGUUGUGCGUGCGACUAAUUCUUUUUAAUGGAGUUGAAACAAACGGUUGCUGCGAAGACGACGACGACGACGACUGCGAGUAUCUUCGAGGAAGACUGCCUCAUAACCGAACCGUGGAGUGCGAAAGCAAUCAGUGGCAGCAGCAGCAGCAGGAGCGAACUGAGCAGCGGUAAACAACCUCCGGUGACGUUGCGACCGUGUCGUUGCCAGCGGUCAGCACCGUGAACCAGGGCGCGCGCUCAUUGCCAAAAAUCUACCUCGUUUUCUAUAGUUACAAAAACAAAAAAGAGAGGACACAGGAGGCUGCACCAGCUGUGAAAAGACAGGCCAGCGCAGCUAGCUCGCAUACUCAGUAGGGGGCGAAAACGGUGUGCCCACUUGGAUGAUUUUUCCACAAAACCCCGUGCGCCCCGUAUCCAGCUUUUCUCGGUUACUACAGUGCGGCUCCGUUCAACGACAUUAUUUCCCGCGCGAUUGAACUUUCCGUGUCAGCGUUCGUGUGAGUGAAAGCAAAAAUCGAUGUUACAGCAUUUUAUGCUCCACUGCCAGCAGCUUCUUCCCACUCGUGCGGUGUGUGACAUCGACAGUGUUGUGUUUGUGCGCGGGGUUUUCUCUUCGAGAGCAGAAGAAUCCCUGUCCGGAGCAAAAGAGUGCGUGACACGACGAUAUUACCCCAAACUCACGAGUUACCUCAGUGUAAACUAGGUUGUACGUUGAGAGCAUAUAGCGCCGAUGAAGUAGAAUUGUGUGUCCCAAGUCCCAACCGUCGAAGUACGCGAAUGAACACAGGCGCUGUUUUGGAGGAAAACGCAGAGUAGGUGUACCGACCAAACACGCCGCACGGCGAAGCUUUUCCCGUGCAACCGGCUCUCGAAACUAGGGAAAAAGUUCCAAGUGAAGGAAGCGCUUAGCAACAACGCAGCAGGCGACGACGUGCUCCUAAUGUGGACGGGUGGCUCCAAUCGGGUGUACGGUUUGGUUCCGCGAAUCAGUUAGAAGUUGUGCACGGCAAGAAUAUUCUCGUAUACCCCGGCAAUAAAUUGUAUAUGCACCCCAUUUGUUUGUGCGGUGUUUUCGCGUGAGCUUCUUGUGUGUUACGUUGUGUUUUUGUUGUGUGUGUCGUGUGCGAAUGAAGGGAACGAGGAAAAGAGGUGCGAACUUGUGUGCGUGUUUAGCAGAUAGAACCUUCUGAACGAGAGAAGAAGAAAUCCAGCGGAAACCAAGUAGGCAGAGAAGUGAAAACAAAAACAGUACAAUAAAACGCACAUAUUCCGUAGAAAAUGUCAGGCAAGAGGGCCCUUUUUACAGGCUUUCCAAUGUCCUCGUAAACAAGAGCACGCAAAAAAGUUCUAGACAAUCCGUUUUUGUAUUGCGUGAAAGUCAAGACGAUUCCAGCGAAAAGUGUCUGAGGUGUGUGCAUGUGUGUUACCAGACAUGUAAGAUUUUUCUUAUGAAGUAGGCAUUGGUGUGGAAAGACAGUGUUUUUGCGGGAAGAAGAGAAAACGCACUAUUGAACUCCCCUGCGUCCGCUGUAAAACGCCCGCGAGCGUUUUAGGAAGAAUCCAAAAAUUGAUAAUCAAUUGCUGUUUGGCGGAGGGUCGUUGCUCGCCACGAUGGCACCGUUACGUGCAGGAAGAACCGCUAUUGGCGAGGUUGGCCCAAUCCAGCUUCCCGCCCUGGUCCCAUCGACCACCACGUCGCUCGGUGGCGUUUACGAUCCAUUUUCCUGGGGCGUAAGCGGUGACUCCGAUCAUGGAUUCGAGUCGUCCCAGUCGGGCGAUGGGUCCGGUUCGGAGGGUGCCGGCAUGGUACGCUGCUGCAUGCCGAUCGGUGAGUGUGUGAAGCCCAAGGGCAGCAAUCUAUUUUCCGAGCUGGGCGCUAUGAUCAAUCUGGAGGAUCUGCGAGAGUGCGUACGGGUGCAGUGUAGCAACGAGUCGUGCACGGCCGGUCAGUACAUGCACCGGGAGUGUUUCGAUCGGUGGGAAGACGAGGUGCUCAACUAUCUGAAGUCCACCGGUCGGGCCCGGUCCUGGUCGGACAAGCAGCGGCAUCAGUACCUGUGGACGAAGAAGGGUUACGAUCUGGUGCACAAGAUGUGUGGCUGCAAGUGUGGACGUGGUCAUUUGAAGAAGGACCUUGACUGGAACGCUCCUACCACGGCUUCAAUGUUUGGGCGCGCACUCGUCGGAAAUGGUGGCGGUGGUGUUAUUGGAGAUGGUCCUAUGGAAACUGGCGGAAUGCUUGGACCGAUCGGUGGUCGCGAGGAUGAAAACGCAAAGAAGCAGAAGAAAAAGAAGAACCGGCAUAAUCAGAAGCUGGCCAUUUCGACGAGCGCUAGUAGCAGUGCUAACAGUAGCGCUACCAGCAGCCCCAACAGCCAGCAGUCUCAGCAGCAGCAACAGACGCAACUGAUGCUGCAACAGCAUCAUCAGCUGCAGCAGCAACAUCAAACUGCUGAAGAGUUGCUGUCGAUACUGAGCAAGAUCAGGGUGUCGACGCCCAAUGCUGCUACCCCGAUGCGCCGCAAUGCUAACCAUCCACCCGGUCUUGGUGGGCUGAUUAUCAAUGGGAUUCAUUCGCAUCUUCAGCAACAGCAGCAGCAGCAUCUGCACCAUGGUGCGACCAUUCCGGGCGGUAUGUCCUCUGCCUCGGCUCGUAUGCGUGCCAACAGCCUGUCGUCGAUCAGCAAUGGGUCCUGCACACCGCCCGCUUCGUCGAUCGGUGGUUCGGAGCAGUCGAUCUCACCGAUCCACAACCAGGCACCGAGCCCGGCCAUCAUUGCCAAGCUACCUCUGACGCCCAAGUCGAAAGUCGAGCUGUAUUCGGAGCGUGUUCGUGCUACAUCUGGUGCAAACGGGAUCUUCUCACGGCGCUUAGACUUUUCGUCGUUCAACGUUUUGCCGCGUCAGCGAAUAAACUCCUAUUCGAUAAAGAUUGAAGAUGAAGGCAAUCACGGAAACGACGAAACACGUCUGUUCAUUCUGUCUUCGCUGGCCGCACAGCACAAGAGUCGCGUGGCGUGUGUGCUUUGCGAGGAACCGAUGCUAGUCUUUGACCGGUAUCCGCUGGUCGAUGGAACAUUCUUUCUCAGUCCGAAGCAACACAACAAAGGGUGCAUUGAGGUGAAGUACGAGAAUCGUGUCCAAUAUCUGACAUCCGUCUGCAUGGCGUGCUUGGAAGGCGUCGAGCCAAACCGUGUCGUACGGUGCAGAUUUUGUGUGAACAAGUGGGACGGUUCGUCGCUUGUUCUUGGAACGAUGUACUCUUACGACAUCUUUGCUGCUAUGCCAUGCUGCACUGAACGAUUAAAGUGCAACAACUGCUUCAAACUGAUGCUGUCGCCAAAUCAACGGUUGAACUUCUACAGCGAUUACAGUCACAGUGUGUCCUGUCCGUAUUGUUCGGCUCAGGACAAUCAUUUCGUGAAGCCACUGGCCUACUGCUACACCAAGCAGCCCAUGCAGUUCUUCCAGCACUGGCCAUAACAUGAGGCCACGUUGGAAUCUCCCAAGUCGAGUGUGAACGGUGGCUCGCUGGCGGAAGCAUCCGGCCGGCAGGAGCAACAGUCACCGUUCAACGGCUCGUCCGCUUCGUGCACUGCUUCGACGGGAACUGUUGCCGACAAAGCUGCAGCAGAUUCUGCUGCAAUGAACUCGUUCAUUCAGGAGCUGCGUCAUCUCAGCAACAGCAGCACCAUCAGCAACAUCAGCAGCACAAGCAACGAUUCGGGCUUCUCGACAUCCUACGGUGGUGAUUCCAACGUCGGUAGUGGCCGGGCCGCUACCAACCUACCUAGCAACAUGCAGCUCCAGCAGCAUCAGCAACUCCACGGGCUGCUCGCUGGCAAUUCCACGAAUGUUCAGCAACAUCAGCUUAACAACAAAGCAAUCGCGACAGGUACAGUAUCGAAACAUGAUCCUACUGUUAACCCCGCCCUGUCAAACAUCAUCUGGGGCAAUAAAUCGCUCUGGGGACCGGCACCACCGUCACCGCCAGCAGUAGCGGCAGCAGCAGCGGCGGCAUCAUCUUUGGUGAGUCCUUCACCAGCAUCACUCAAACCGGCAAUGGUUCUUCCUAGUGUAGUUACAACAAACCCUACCUCGAACGCGUUGUACACUAGCUUAAGUAAAGAAUUGUACACACCCUGGACAACAUCCACUGCCAACCACAAAACACCAACGUCGAUGGUGUCUGCACAGAUGCAGCAAUUACCCUGUGUCCCUCCAUCCCAACACACUGAACCCGCCACCCUUCCCAAAACCCCGUCCAUCUGCCCUGGCAACAUUGGUACAAGUAUCUGGGAAAGCAAGCUCGGACUGGUCAGCGGUCCGCAGCAAGCUCUCGAGCCAUUAGAGUCUAUCUGGUCGGCACCGGAACCGGGAACAGCAGGAGGUAUGAAUGGCGAAAUGAAUCAAGGUACUACUGCUGCUGCCAGCAGCCAACACGUUUGGCGAUCUGAUGUUCCUUCCGGCACUAGAGAACCAUACACGGUAGGAUCUCAGUUUCUGCGAGUACAGGAAUCGAUGGGUGGUGGUGGUAGACUGUGUUCUACCGCUACGGAGAAUGCGAUCGAACCUACACCAAAGCUUAGUUCCCUUUGGACACACACACCGUGGUCAGCCGGUGUGGAUGGUUCAACGGUAGCCAAUGGUAGCAACAUUAGUGUGCUGCGAUCGCUACGUAUGGGCGAGUCCGCAAAUUUGAACUCCGGCAGCGCCAUUGCCAAGGAUGCGGAUGCAAGCAUUGGGACCGUAGAGCAGCGUGACACAUCCGUUGCUGGUUCGUUCAUGGCCAUGGCAUCGGAUGACGUCAUCAACUAUCUUAAUAUAUUUAAUUAGACAAUUUGUUUUUGUUUCUUUUUUAACUGGUUUUCUUUUAUUGUUUACUGUCUCCCGUUUCUUCGAUGUGAAAGUGUUUAAUCUCACUUUUAGAGCAAUUUUGUUAUUUAGUUCUACUUUAUGGUUUUGUUUCCAAAUGGUUCUUUUUUCCAGUUUUUUUUUUCAACAUAGCAAUGAUUCGCAAAGUUGUUCGUUAGAUUAUUUAGUUUUUUUUGUGUUUAUUUUUUAUUUUUCUGAUAGAUGCUUUGGAGACAUAUGUUCUGUUGUUUGUCAAAAACUUUUUACACCUUUUUGUUUGUUUUAUUUAGUAACCGCUUAUCUCGAAUCGAAAGCCUUCGUUCACCAUGUUUUUUACACCAUUAUAGUUAUUCUAGCGUAGUAGGGAUGGUUUAAGAACAAUUUCGACAGUUAAAAGUACAUUGUUUCAGUAUCGUUUCUUCCUUAUAGGUGUAAGAAUGUACCAACAAAUCUCGCAAAAUGGUCGUUUUCUUUGGUUGUUAGAUGUAAAAGUAAUGUAUAUCGUCGUUUUGCAUAAGCAAAAAAAAAAAAGAAAUCACAGAGUUAAGAGUAACAUACAUGAACAAAAGUAUAUGUUUAUGUGUCUUGUAACAGUACGUUAAGCGACAUCUACCACCGCUGCAUAUAAAUUACAUUAACGUAAAAGGAAGUGUUGUAAUAAUUCGGCUUGGGGGUUUCUGACGCAAGGGUUUAGUAUAUAAAUUCUAGCGCUUUUCCCCCAUUUCAAAGUACUAGCCAUCUAAUCGAAUAAUAAGGCAGUUAAUUUUAUUGCUUUUUAGUUUCAUGUACUUCGUAACCUCAGGGACUAUAUCCGGUCCAGUAGCUUCGGCGAGUGCCGCGUGUACGAUAGGAUCUGACCGAUCCGCUGUGCCGCACGCCGAAGGUGCUGGACUUUUUUUCUGUUAGUCUGCCCGACGAGGUUAGGAAUUGCGUUUCGACAAAUGCACACAAUCAUUGAGGAAAGUUAAGAGAAAAAAAAGUAAGGAAAGAGGUCGAGGAGUGUAAUUAAAAAUGAAAAUCAUAUACUGUCAAACUGUGAAAGAGUGAACGCAAGGAUUAGCGUCUAUCCUUCUCAACAUUAUGCAUAGUUUUUAUUCCGACUCCUCAGGCAAGGAGCUGAGGAGCUUCUUGAAGAGCGAAAAACAUCGAUGAAAAGCAAUGGAGGAUAUAGUGUUAAGACAAACAUUAAAAUAUCAGGUAACAUUUCACGCCAACAAAACACCUACCAUCCCACUCUGUGUGUGUGUGUGUUGUAGCGAAGAGAUGCAUUCGACUGUAAGAUUAGACGAGUGUAGCAGUAAGUAAUUAUCAUCCUUAGCGUUUAGGGUUCGCGCGUAUGUGCUAUUAUGGGCUCACUGUAAUUGACAUACGACCGAGUACGGAGUACAUUUUUACUUGUAAAUAGCGUACGAUUCAGUGCACGAUUAGAAAGCAAUAUGGAUGAACGCGUUCGGAUGUAUCCGGGUGCGUUUCCGCGGCAGAAGACGCCUCGCGAAACGCACAAGGACCAUCCUCCAUAUAGUGUGUGUGUGAGUGAUUUGAGUGAAUGGAUGAAUUUGAGUGCUGGCUGGUGGCGUUUCACUUCGCUAGCAAACCCAAACCCCAGGAAUGAACGAUUCUUGCGAAUGGACAUACUGUUUGGCGGAAUGUGUGUGUGUGUGCGUGUGGGUUUGCAUUUUUACAUUGCUUACUUACAUUUUCUGUUGUACGUGAACCGAUUUUGUCUCUUUUUGAUAAGGAACGGAACUAUACAGUAAGUGGCGUGUUCGCUCGAGCUGUACUCGUAAAUGUGUUAUAGAAUUACGAAAUCAAACUUUUCCUGCAAAAAAACAGUGAGCCGAUUUUAUCGUAUGGGAAGUGCGCGCGCACCAACUUAAGGCAUCAAAUGACAAAAUUAAAGCUACUUGUGAUCCAGGGAAACAAAAAAAAAAAAAGAAACCGGAAACCAGAAAUGGAAGAAAGGGCAUAGAGAUACGGUUUUUUGAUAAUAAGGAAAAACGAUAUGAGGUGGAGCCACCUUUUGCCGUCUGUGUGAGGGAAGGCUCCUACCAGUGAUCGGAAAGCUAUUACCUUAGCGGUGAUUACGUUUGGACGAUGUUCCUUUUUCGAUGCAUUUUAGAGGCGAGUUUUAAAAACUUGGUAUUUUUGUGUUGCACGUUUUUCGGAAGCGAACGGGGCUGGCUUUGAGCGUAGCAGCGCGCGCCGCACACUCGUUGGCGUUUCUGUUUUUUGAGAUAUUUUGGGAUGUGGGAUUAUACAAGGAAACCUAAUUACAUUACGUGGUACUGUGUGUCGUCAACGAUUGUCGCCCGGUGUGGAGCGAGCGAACGAACGUAGUCGCGGCGUGAAAUUAUUGGAUUAGACUGUAAAUCAAAAUUGUGGCUCAGUUUGUGCGCUGUGCGCAGCACAAAUUGGCCGAAUAAAAACAUGCUCGGAAAAAAAAUGCCAAAUCAAACAGAAUCGGACAAGUGUGUGCACUGGAGGAGAACGCAAUAUGAAUGGACUGAUCGAAACCCGUUUACAAUCUCAUUCUAAUGAAAUGAUUCAUUCUUACGUUCCGUGCUUACUCAUCAUCAUCCUCAUGAUUGGUCAUUCUCGCUUUUCAAACGUGUGAGCAUAUUCAUAAACCUAAUAUCGACCCCAUCGCGUCGAUUCGUGUAAGACUUCCGGAAUUUUUAAAUGUAGUUGUAGUCAGUGUAAUCGCUGUUUCAAGAUUAAAAGAAUACCAAAUUGACAAUUGUGGCAUUAUCGUGUGUGGUGGUGUGUGUAUCGUAAAUCCUGUCUUUAAAUUUCUCCUACGAAUAUAAAAUGCCGAAUAGAAACAAUCAGUCCAUCAGUUCCCAACCAACAAAACUUUUUCCGAGCAAUCAUAUUGGAUGCUUCAAAAUUCAUUUCAAUUUCGAUACGAAAAGUUUGGAUGUUACAUGGUACCACAGUGUAAAGCUAGCGGGAAUGCAACUCAGGCAAGAAGCGAGCGUUGAUCAGUUUGUUUUUCGUCUCAGAAUUUUUAGGUUUGUUGUCGAAUGAGUUUUGCGCUUGCAUACUAAUUUUACGUUCCUGUGGAACAAGAAAAUUUCGUUUCAAAUUUGCAUGUACAUAACGUUUAGAAUUGCUAAGAUGAAUUGAUUCUAAGCAGACACGUAAGUCUUGGUUGUUUAACAAGGACUAGGGUAUAAGCGCAGCUAGAGUUCGAUUCCAGUGCUGCGUGCAGUCUUCAUCCAGUUGAAGCGACAGCGCGGAACGAACUUCUACACGAUCGAUUACGAUUUGUUGAAACAUAUCCUUGUUAAUAGCAGUGUUUCUCUAAAUACCAGUUUAAAGCAAAACAUACACCCCCAGAAUACUAGUAUAAGAUACCAUGUCCCCCGUUUUUUUUGUUAGCAUAUAACAAACGUAAUAAGAAGAUGAAAAAGGACCUACCCUUCUUCUUAAUCGACGUGUGUAAGUAGUUAAAUUAGCUCCAAAUCAUGCCCGCAACGCUACUGUCUAUGCUCGUUAGGAGGUGGUCUUUUGAUGUCACGUAACGGUCAAACAUCUGCUCUCACUGUCGGGUGUGUAACCCCCUUCCGGUGUACCCUUGUCUUCAGUGGGUCGGCUCGUGAGCAGUUGAAACACAUAAAUUAAUAUCAAUUGUGUUAAUUUUAUGUUUUAUAAAGUUUUAAAUAAAGAAGGGAAGAAGAAAAAAAAAAGAAGAAAGCAAACCCGACGCUCCUCAAUUUGCAAAAACAAGCAAAUGGCAGUUCGGGAAACGCUCUUAUUACAACAACUCAGAUCAUCUGAUGGCAACACGUACAAAUAUCGGCUGCUCGGCCGAUCCACUGAAGACCGGCGGUACUUGGUGUGGGUGUGAAGGUGAAGCAGCAGAUACAAAACUCCUCGUAUGUGUUAUCUUUUAAAAUAAGCACACAUUAGUAUAUACCUUAAUCUUUAUCAGUAAAAUUUUGUCCCAGCAAUGUUUUGCUUCCAUGCCAUGUAUCCUCGCAGUUUGAACACAAAUGUACAGAUAAUCUUGAAACGAUUUCGCUCCCUGAAUCUUGCUUCUGUACCCUGGUAUAUGUCAUAAGAAGAAACACACACUAAUUAAGUAAAACAAUUAACUAGAGCAAAUCGGUCUUUAAAGUGCUUCGAACUCUUCGAGGCAGAAGAGGUGGGGUGGCAUACAUUUUACUUUUCCACUACUACUACUACUACUAAUGAUGUUUCUGUUACUUUCCACUUGUAAAUCGAUUGUAAACAAUGAAUAGACAUUUUAGUUAACAAUUUCCGUUACUAAUUUCGCAUUUGUUUGGAGCGAAUUACUUGUUAAACAAACUAAUAAAGUAAAACAUUUAGUUAAAAAAAAAAACACACAAGAAAAUCGUCUUCUCUGUUACGUCAGUUUUUGCUACACGGCGAGACAUUGUCACUGAAAGGGGGAGACUAAGAAUGAUUAAAAUUAACUCCAUCAGCUACAGUGAUGGAAUUUGCACUAGCACGUCGCCGUCACUGCGGUUGAAAUUGCAAUACAAAAGCAGAUCAAUCCAUUAGAGUCAUGAUGCAAGUACUUUAACUAGCCAAACAUUUAACAAAAAAUAAAAUCAUUCUGAAACAUUUUCUUACCAAGAAAACGAUUUACAUAGACAAAUUUGAAGUAGUAGGAUAUACGGUAGCAGCGCAUACACUAUAUAUACACAGUCACACCAACCUAAUAACAUAAAUACUGAUCAAAAUUUGAUCGCAUCAACUGAAAAGAACAAAAGCAAACGCAUUAAACCUCAAAUUUUGUACAAAAAAAAAGAAAAAGACGGUGGUAGAAUUUCGAAGGAAAGCGAACGAGGAAGAAAACCACGCGAUAUAUAAAUACCACCCCAACCUCUCGUAGCGGCAGCUUUGUAGUACGUUUUGCUUGCAUUAUUGAACAGCGACAAAAGGGAAAAAAGGAACAAAUUUACAAACGAAAAACUUGCCACCAAUAUACCUCAAAAAAGCGAAGCAAAUCUACACAAAUAAUAAAAUAGGAACAAAACGAAGUAAAAGUGGAGGAAAUGCUCAACAACACAACAGACAACAGGAGAGAACAAAAUGUUACAACUUCUUUUCUUUUUUGCAGUACAGCUCGAAUAGUAUAUACAAUGAAACGGCUAAAUGGGACUGUUCUUAUUCUUACCCUGUCGGUUUGAAAAGAAUGGUAGAACACCCUAGAACACUCUAGGGCGCCACAGUUGCUAGCCAGCAGAAGAAAAAAAUACAAACUUAGCUCAGGUAAUUUUUACAGUGAACAACUACCCCCAAUAUGGUCUGAAGCACUGCCAGUGGUGUGUUUGAGACGCCAAGUUUGAUUUUACAUUCUGUUGAUGUUGUAGAUCAGCCCUCGAUAUCAACAAACCUGGUUAUACCGAUUGAAAUAUAAACCCUCCUAAACGUCAACUCCACCCUAAUAUUCUACCCCGGUACAAAGGUGAAAAUGACAUUAAUCUGGUGGGCACCACGAGGCACAAUCCGUUGGAGAUACAAUUCCGCGUGGUCGAAGAGUUCUCGUUUCGUUAUGUUUUUUCCUUUGGAUUUUCCACUCCUGUUCCCCAUGGACGGUCACCACACCGAGAGAAGCACGAGUGAAGCCCCCGCUUCGUUACGGAUGCGUUCGAUCGAUUUUGUGUAAUAUAUAGGAGCAGUUUUAUUCACUAUGGAAACAAAUGUUUGAAGUUGGCAGUGGGAGCAUGGUAUAUCGCUUUGGAAUUUUUGAUGCUUUGACUUUGAGUUCUGUUCUCGUUGCUUCAGUAACAAAAAAUGAAACAAAAAUGCCGUAAGGAUAAAACGUAUUUUAUGUGUAGGAGAGGCAGAUGAGAUACAAAUAGAUACAUGCUUGAAGUACAAAUUAAAUCAAAUAUAAACUAGUAACAUUUGUUCUUAGUCCAUGUCUUGUGUUAGGUUCCCCCUCCGUCUGUGGUAGCAGAGGGGAGAAAGUAAAGUUUAUCUGGUUACGCUACGUUCCUUUUUCGUGCAGUUCCUUUUCGAUGACUCGGAUGCUUUUAGUUUCAUAAGUUGUACAGAGCGAGAGGGGAGUACAGUAAGCUGCUGCCGUUCAUGCACUGUGGAAGUUUUGUUGAGAUCAAUGAUGAAAAUGUAACAUCCAACAUGGGGUUCAAUCAUACUUUCAAUCCCUCGAUUUUAAUUUAAAAAAUCUUAUCAGAAAAAUUCUUGAAAAUUUUAAACACAAUCUAAAAAAUUAAAUAGCUGGAGCAAAAAUGUAGCAAAAUUGACUGGGCAUAAUGAGUUGCAGCAAAUACUAAAACUAAAACCUAAAUUGACUAAUCAUUCUAAUCGGCAUUUUUAUUCCACGAGAGGAAUUUAAAGAAAACAAAAUUUGCACCAAUCACCAUCUGCUGGAUCCAGGCAUGAAGAAUCCUUCGAUCGGUACGAUUUCCAGUGAAUGUAAUCUCUAUGAUGGACACAACACAAUUACAACACACGAAAACGUCCAACGCUACGAAGCAACGGAGUGAAGCGACACAAGCAUACAUUCAUAUGUGAUAUUUAAAAAUUGAAUUUGAAUUAAAUUGAAACAGAAAUCAAGAGAGAGAGAGAGAGAAAAAGCCCUUGCCAAAGUCGUUUUCCCCCUACUGGCAUGAAACUUCGAAACCCGAUUCGAGCAGGAGUAAAUGUGCGUUUAUUGCGUUUGUGGCCAUCCCACGCUAUGAGUUGUUCUAACUUUGAGUGAAAAAAAAAACUGUGUAACAAGUGAAAUGUGACAACAACAAAAAAAAAGUAAAAUAAUCGGUAAUACCAACAAUAGACGAAUCAAACCAAAUCAAUAAUUCUGAAACUGCCAUUUUUUGACGUGAUGAAAUUGAUGAUGAUGAAACGAACAGGUAUAAUAAUAAAUAUUAUCGCUAGAUUAAUUGAUAUUCAAUUGUAGGCAUAUUAUAGACAUCACCGAACCCCUUACACUCACACACCUAUUGGAUCCCGUUUUAAGAUACACACUAAAUACACUCCCUUUAAAUGUACGUAUUUUGAGUCGAAAUGUGUUACGAAUUCGGAAACAAAUCGUUCGACCCAUUCGGAGAUGGAAAGUGGUUUUACGCAGUUUGAGACUAGCCUCAAACAUUUUCCGCAACCCGCUUUUAAUAAAUUAAGUUUAGGUUUACCCGAAAUCGAAACCCUUUUACAUACCGCUUUGAAUUGAAAAGUAACACGAUUAUGAUGGUCCAACGCGGUUGAAUAAUGUCGGUGAGAGUACGGAAGUUAGUGCUACUCCGGCCAGGUUGAGAGUAAUGCAGACGAGCGAACAAAAACAGAGAGCUGGUAAGCGGACCAAAUCGAGUGAAAUCUGCUUUGACUUCCAACAAAAAAAAUGACGCGCUAUCAAUAGAUUCAUUCUCACAACACUUUCCUAAUGUGCUGUAAAAUCAGCCCGUCAGUCAAGUCAAGUCCUUCUUGCAAAACCACACAACUUCCAACAACAGCAAUCGCAAAUAAAGCAGACUAAGGAACACGAAACACCCGAUACGUAUGGAAUGUACAUUUUUGUCUCCGGUCUCCCGUCUUUUGAAGCAUAUGAAUUCUGUGUAUCGUAAUUCCAAUCUUUACCCCUCCCAAAAAACUAUCGGAGAGUUACAUCUUGCUUGCAGGUACCGAUUUUGUGUGCGCGAAUGCUUUCCUUUGUGAGGUAUUUAAAUGAAAUAUACAAUUUAGAAAGGGAUUCUAACACACACUAUAGCAAACAAAACUUAAUUCAUAACGAAACGCGGAUUAGGAAAAAAACCCACUAAAUCUAGUGACUCUACUCGGCGUCGUCGUCGUCGUCGGGAAUCAGGAAGCUCUCCCACACGUGGAGGACGGACAGCGAUAUGCGAUAUAUGUUGUGGAAGACUGGAUAUAUGUCAGGCCAUAUAUCGGGCAAAAAAAAUUCAGAUAAUAUUUAGUAGGAUCAACGGAAAAACAGAAGACUGGAACGUUUUUUUUCUUCGUUUUGCAUUUAAAUCAGCGCACCAAUAAUCUAAAUGUAAUUUGAAUGAUGAAAACACUGCGGAAUGGAGCGAAGCGCGAUCGAAAUUCAGGACACACGCUUCUCGUUUGCUUUACUUCCAGUAAAUGAAUGAGAGGUGUGUGUGUGUUCGUCAAAAAGAAAAAACAACAGAAGACUAAUUAUGAUGAUGAAAAUCUGUUAGAAUAAAACUAACGCAUUACACUCUACUAGGAUGAAACGAUUCGAUCUAAAAAUUUGAAGUAUAUGAACAUUUCCAAUCAUCAAUUGCGAUGAUGGUGUGUGGCAGCACCCCCACACAUAUUAAACAAGCGAAAAGGUGAUAUACUUUCUGUGUGCUAGGUUUGUCUUUUUUGGGAGCGGAACUGCGGCUCUUAGAAAGAUAGGCAAGGUAAAGCAAAACUAUUUUGAAAAAGGGUUCAACAUUAGAUGCUGAUGAGCAGCACAUGCUGCUCAUUUGAAGCGGCGUGUAAUGUUUAUUUUCAUCCGCUCCUCCCAUUUCCAAACCGAUUAUAAGAGAGGUAGACUAACUAAAAUAUAUUGAAUUUAAUAAGUGUCAGUAGAGUUUUCGUCUUUCAAAAUACACUUCUCAAUACACUAAUACACGCUGAACAAAUACACAAAAAGAACAAAAUCUACCCUUGAAUGUAAAAGAUAGAAUCUUCAAUGCAAAAUUUUCUGUCCACCCAUUGUAUUGUGAGUAGCUGGUAGAGUUGCUGAUGAAGCAUAGAACAUUAAAAAAUUAAGCGAUUGCCAUACGCGCGCAAAAACCUCACAUUCAUGCACCGUAAAAUCGAAAACGAAAAUUACCUCACAGCCAGCCAGCCAGCCAGCCAACACAAAAAAUGAAACAAAAAACACCGGAAAAAAAUUCAGGAGGCAAUUUGACUUACGCUAAAUUUAAUUGGUACGGCAAAGAACUGAAGUAAAGAGACUUGAAACCAAUACUGAAUAGGUAUUAGAAGUAACGAAAGGACUUCACCAAUUGUGACAACAAAUUAUGAUAAAGGUAAUCAGCAAACCAGCGAUAGAGAGAGAGAGAGAGAGAGAGCGAGCGAGCAAGAGCGAACAGAACCAUGUUCGGUGGACCCACACAGAAAAAAAAGCGAUUCGAAAAUAUUUAUUUACCUCAAAUAUCAUAUUAUAGACACAAAUUGCAAAACUUUAACACAAUAGAGAAAACAUUAAUACAACAUGUAAAACCUAGCAUAUAUAGAGUGAUUAAUGUGAUGUGAGGACAACAUUACGAGGAUCAUUCCUCUCCUUUAAGAUGGAUGAAGCACAACAGCAGCAUAAUAACACUAACGAAUCAGGAUUCGUUUGUACUAUUGAAGCAAGAAAAGAAAAAAUAAAAAUACAAUAUUUAGGAGGAUAAGCUAUACGAGGAAUAAAUCAAACCACAACAAAAACCAUGUAAACAUUUCAGGGUGAAAACACUCAGCGAAUCAGUUGCAGCAAUGCUCCAAACUUAAUAAAAAAGAGAGAUACAAUUAUAGAGCUCUAGCUGAACAAAAAACAAACUAAACUACACAUUGCUUGUAAGUUAAAUGCACUUUGUUCAAACACAUUAACGGUAGUGGAGCAAAUGCUAGUAGACGAAAAAAAUGUUUUGCAGAAAGCAAUUUAUCGGCGAACCCGAAAUAUCUGUCUGUGUAUUGUAAAGCAAUAUAAUGAAGUACUUUGUUUUGUGCAGCAAACAAAUUUUUUUGCAAGCCAGCCAGCCAAGCAUUAUCAGUUCAACAAAAAAAAAAUGAGGAUUUUAAAGCUCACAACAAUUCAGAGAACCAACGGAAUGUAACGACAACUAAUAUAGUGUAUGAAAUAUAAGUGCACACACGAGAGAUGAGCAGCAUAACUGGAUGAGUGAGAGUUAGGUAGUGAGCGUGGGCGCGCGUGCCGACAACACGCAACAGAUAUACAUAUUUAUUUCUAUACAUUACCAACCACCAUUACAUCUGUUCAUUGUCAUCAUCACAAUCAUUAUCAUCAUCAUCGUCGUCAACAUUAUCAACCUGUUACUUGUGUUUUUUUAUGUGUUCCCUUUAUGUCACUGAUCACGUUCACGUCCACAAACAUGUGUACGCCACACAAUACACUCAACCGACACUCUAGGGAUCGAACGCACAUUUACGCACGUGUCACAUCUCCUCCCGAUCCCGAAGGAUAUCUUUAUUUGCUGUUUUUUAAAUAUUAUUUCAUUAAUCCGGACACACGAUACGCUCCUAACUAUUCCUUACCAAUAACAAUCAUAUUCUAGACCUGUAUGCAAUUACAAUUCGUACUGCGGGAGAGGAGCAACCCUUUUUGUUUUAAUCCUAAGUAAAGUCUAUGUUAAAGAUAUGUAAGCGAUUAGGGGUUUCGUUGGCUUAGAGAAGAGGUAGACGAUCAUUUAAGUACACACAGACACAACCACACGUACCUAGAAGUUAUCUUGAUGGAGGACGGAUUAUGUGAGAAGGUUGAGAAAAGGCACGAACAAAUAUUCCUACAAACAAAAACUCUAGCACAUGUAUUCAAACGUAGUACCAUUUUAUUCGUAGAUCUUAGUCCCAAUGCACCUCCUAUCUUUAUGUAUAAUGAACGUCGAAACGCAUGCUAUCUAGAUGUAUAAGACAUUUAAGCGAAGAAAGCACCACACGAGCUAUGUUGUAUGUUGAAUCCAACUGUACAGGGGUUUAGUUCAUCUGCACCUGUGGAGCCCCGUUCACUUUAUUUGCAAGCAUAUUUACAAGUUCAAUUAUCCCCCUUUUGAUUGAUCAUUGAUCGUUUUAUGUUACAUUUAGUGUGAAAGUGUAUAAAUCGAAGUGUAUAGGCUUCAGAGCUUUCGAUCAGUUGUAAUGCUAUUAGUUGUGACCAAAUGUCCUGACCUGUCAUUCCUGAUUGUGUGAAUUACAGCAAUCAACUGUUCCAACCCCAAGAAAGAGCGUAAAUAUGUCUAAAGAUUGUUUCUCACCGUAGGCUUGCAUCAUAUCUCCCUUCAGCACAUACAUACUUGAAGAAAAUUAUUGUUUUUUGUAUAUUUUAUACUGAUUUAAUUUUUUGGUCCCAACAAAACUCGUUCAUUAUAAGUAACUGAGAGUGGCAAAAUCCAAUACUACUGAUGCAAAUGUUAUCGAAAAAAUUCUUAAACAUUCUCCCUACCGUUUCUGUGGAGUAUAUACAUAUAUCAGAAAUGUACUAACUGUGACGCACCUGGUCGCCAUCUUCCGAGCGAAUCUAAACAAGCACCGGACACACAAACUUUCAAAAUCAUGAUGUGAUUAUCCACACACUGCUGGAUGUAAAUGUAACCUCUCAAAAAAGCGAAUUGUGAUGAUCCUCAACAAUCCUUUCCAACUACGUACAAAGAUUUGUGUGUGGCGAGCUUUCGGUGGCAGAGAAUCCGUUUUCUGGCUACCAACAAGCGAGUUGAAAGGCGUUGAGCAAUUUCAAUACACAACUCUUUUCCCCUGCUUUGCAGGGUGCAAGAGCAUUUGAAGUAAAAGCAAAAUCAUAUUGUGACAUAACAAGUGUGAUCUGGUUUCGGAAUACCAAAAAAGAAAACCCCCAUCAGAUGUGAUUGCUUCUAAAGCAACAACAAAAAAUCAAAAAAAAAUGCCAUGCGAAGCAAUAGCGUCAGAUACGUGGUACAUUUCAAAGAAAACAAGAAAUACCAAACACAACAAAAAAAGUCCCCAAUUUUCCCAGUGAUUCUGUGAGUGUGAUAUCAACUUAAUCAUUCUUUUUCGGAAAGGAAUUAAAACAUUGACGAAUAAUUCGCUCUCUAACCAUGCAUACCAUUUCUAAGCAUUUCCUUUUUUUCCAGUACAUGCACAGGAACACCUUCCAGUGCAUGCGCUCUGUUGUGAUCGAGAAGCUCCAGGAAGCUUCCUACCAACAUCUGUGAAUUUCGGUUGGUUUUUCGCGUGGUAAAAAAAAAAACAAUUCAAUUCGAACUAAAUCCUUUUCCAUUCAGUCACUGAAUUUAAUCCGCGUGAGUGUUUGUGUGUGAUGAAAUAUGGUCAUGGAGAAGCACCUUCUCCCAUGGUCAUGUAAAAUAAGAACUCUCACUGUGAAUUUUCUCCCUAAAACUGCAAAUACCGUAGCCCACCAACGAACGAACGGGAACAGAGAAAGCUAAUAUUGAUUCUUAAAAUAUGUUUAGAAAACGUGUACGUGUGAUUUUUUUGUUGCUGUCAACUUUGUGUGAGGAUAUAAGGAUAAACUUUUCUUCUCUUAAGAUAUUGUGUAAUAAGUGUCGUUUGGCAAAAAAAUAAAAAAUUUUUCAAAAUUUUCCAUCUUAGAUAUUUAGGCAUAUAAAAAAGUGAAGCACAAAACUUUGGCAUUUAAAAAUUACAUUCUUAAAAAUAAGAGCAGUAUUUUUCUCAUUAAAUCAGAUAAAAUUUGCGUGUAUGUGUGAUUUUCAAUUGAUGUAAGCAUCUCGUUUAAAAUUUCUAAUAAUAGCGUAGCUGUGUGAGUGGUGUUAAUACAACAUGAAUGAGAGAAAUUUGUACCUAUUUCAUAAAGAUUAAGUCAAAAGAAUUAAAACAAAAACUAGCUUCUGUUUCUCCGGGAAUCCGUUGGUUGGGGAAUCCAUCUACGUGUUGCUGCGACUAAGCUUAAGACAUUCAUGCUUUGAUGAACUCAAACUCUCGUCAUACUCGUCACUGUGAAUGGUAAAAAUGGUCGAAUUUAAGCGCUCGGUAUUCUCUAAGAAUCGGCCUAAAUUCAUUCCAGAUAUCUCCAACCGUCGUCAUGCGUUGCAGAGUGUGAUGGUUGUCCAUUGCCUCGUGCGUUAAAGCGAUGACACACAUCCACCGAUGGCCUUUCGAUACAGGGAGUUGCUCUCGAUAAAAGCUUGUGUACACCACAAAGAAAAAGAACAAUUUCAAACGAUCGAUAAUACAUACUUGGGAGGCGGUAGGAGAAGGGGAAGAAUAAUUUCGAUAACAUUUGCAUUACACACGUACUUUGCCGCCUUGGAAAAUUCACCGGAAAUUUCCCUUCGGUAGCAUUUUACAACACAAAACACUUACAAUCUCAAAGGCACUACUACUACUUGUACUACUACACCGAAACAAACUGCGACCAUAAAGCGCAAAGGAGGGUUUACGCAUUUUGCACUAUAGUAAGAGAGAUCUACCAGAAAUACCUCAUUAGCAAAUUUUCGUUAAAUGUUUUCUUGUUCAUUUUAUAUAGCCGCGAGACAGGGGCAGAAAUAAAUGAUGUUUAAAGAAGCGGACGGGGAGGGGGAUUUUUGCACUACCAAUAUUACACACGCGAUGGUAUAACGUACGAGCCAGCCUCCUGUCCUGACUGUAUCGAUGGACGAUCCAAAUAUCACUUUACGUGCGAAUUAAUCCGUCCCGAUACAUUUUUGUUGCGUUGGUUUUUUUUGCUCUUUCAGUUUUUUUCUCCGUACACAACUGACUUCUGACGGUCUACGGAGGGCAAUCGCAACUUUAUAUAGGUGCAAAUGUGUUUUCAUUUUGUUGCAUUUUGUUUUGGCUCAUUAUGGAUAUAUUUAUUAUUCAUUAUUGCUCCUCGGAUAUUUGCUGUUGUACCAUCAUCAUCAUCAUCAUACAUUGCCAUAUUAUUCAUUACCAUUUCCCAGCCACCCCUCCCCAAUCCCAGUGACAACAUUAAUUUCCAUUUUCCCAAAGUUACGUAGUUGGAUGUUUGUUUUAGUAGAAUUUUUCUUCAACCCUUCUUAUCGUGUUGAAUUUGAAUGCAAACACACAAAGCACACGAUGCACCAAAAUGUGUCGAGUGUAUAUUAUAAUGCUUUAAGUGUAAUGAUUUAUUUCGCCAAUUUUGGACUACAAAAAUGAAGGUGUACAGCAUUUAAGGCGUCAUUAGUGACACAUACAAUUACACAAACGCAGUGGUAGCAUAAAUCAGUCAGUGAAGGAGAAAGAGGAGGAGGAGGAUGAUAAAAGGGGUUGACAGCGAAGAGGGAAAAGCGAAGGAAUGUGUCAUCAUCCUUUGAUUGAAAGUACAAAUUGUUUUUAUAUUACUUUACUAUUAUUCAUACUUAUUAUCAUUAUGACAAUUAUGAAUUCUAUUGAUUAUUAUUAAUUAACGAGAUGUAAUCGAAUCUUUAAGCUAUUAAGAGUAAACUUACACUACACUCUAUAACAUUUAACCCGCAGCCCGAAAGCACUUGGAAACGGUUUAAGUAGCAGAACCAUAUGGAAGUAAUGAAUUUAAUAUUAACUUUUUUCCUAUAAUUACGUUUUACGAUCGGAAAAGCGAAUAUUUCGGUGAAACACGCAGAUCAUCCUUGGAGCGCUCGGUACUUCGAUGGGGAAUAAGAAUUCCUGUUCUACUUUUGUGUUUCCAACCUCUUUUCCAUGUGACUGUUCGUGCGUAGUAUUAUAGCAGAUUUUCCGUUACUAUUUCGUUGCUUCAUUUGUGAAACAGAGCCGCGUAAAGCGGGACAAUUGUUUGUAGAAAUAUCUUAGUUCAGGUUCUUCGAUUUACCACCCGAAGCGUCCCGUUGCGGUACACUAAAUAAAUAAAUACCUAGCUGUUAAUUGUUCUUCUUUUUCCCCACAAUUAUUUUUACGUAGCACACGUGUUUCUUUUUUUACACUAGCACUUACGUUGAGUCUCUCUUUAGGAGUGCGCUUUUUUUUUUAUAACGAUGUAACUAACUAUUGUACCCUUUAUGGAAAUAAUUAUUCGUUUACUUUUAACUGCACGUGGUGAACACUUUUUAUAAGCGGGCAGGCGCGAGAUAAUAAAUAGUGAAGGAAGUUUAAUCGUAAUAACCGGCGAGCCGAGCACGAUUCAAUAGUGUAAACGUUUUUAGUGAAUUAUAUUUAAUCUCUUUGAGUUUGCUUAAGAGCGUGUGAUCUCUCUCUUUUCCCUACGCACAUUGUCACGUACCUUUUCUAAUGCGCAUUAACCUGCGAGCCGCGCAAUUGACUAAUAACAAACAUUACUGCCAUUUAUGGGCGCAGGUUAAUCGUUUUGUGCGGCAGUUGCUUGAACGGAAACCCUCCCCCAAACGAUGCACGAUGUUUUGCGAAAUGUUAUUAUAGACCUCAAUUUAACUAUGAUUCCGCGAUGCUUUUGUUUUUCUCCACCGGGUUUAACGACAAUUCCGGUCCUGCUAGCGAAUGGAGGGGGGGUGGGGAAUGGUUUUUGUUAAGCGUAUUUGUUUGCUUUCACUAAAUAUUAUAUUCUUUUUGGCAACAACCAAAGCAAUUACUAGGCAGAAGUGUUUCUAUCUGUAUGUGUGGGUGUGUGAUUUUUGUUUGUUUGUUUGUUUUUAUAUGAUCAGCAAUUGUGGAAGGAAACGGGAAGAAUACUUUGUACCUUUUUGCUAAACGAAUAGAGAGAGAGAGGAGAGAGAGGAGAUAGAUGUUGAGGGAUGCUGCGGAUCGAGUUUUUUAAACCACAAUUAUUACUACUACUUAUUACAAAAAAGAAACUGCAACAACUAACUACUAACUACUACUACUACCAACUACACUGACAACAAACUGAAUGAAGAAGGCGCGAAGGGGAUAGCGAAGAGAGAGGGUGUGUGUAGAUCGAGUGAAAGUGUUUUUUUGGUACAGUUCCAAAUAAUUUAAGCAAAACUGAAACAAAUAUACAAAACAAACGCAACACUUAAUACAAACGAAAAUACAUAUAACUGAUCAAGGAGGAUGCUACCGGGGUGGGACGAUCAGAAUUUACGUAGAUUUAUCGAUGUUUUUUCCUAUCUCUGUUUCGCUUUGCUAUUAUAGAGAGAGAGAGAGAGAGCUUCAUACGUUCUUUUUACCCCACAAAAUAUCUUAAUGGAACAAUUUAUAUAUAUAUUAUGCUAAAGGAGAGGAAAACAAAGAAAUAAGAGAGGAGACACAACUAUGCAGGAAAAAGUAUCAACCGUUUUGACGAGAGGAAUCUAUGUUGCGCUUACAAACAAACCACAGCAUUUUUUUGUGCCACACUGUGUGUGUGCAACAGUUUAUAUGACGGUGAGGUUUUUGCAGCAAAUGGGGAAAUAGAAGUACUGUUUAGUAUGUAUGGAAGCAUAAUUUUGUUGAGAGAGCAGAGCGAAAAGGUGGAUUUUAUGUGGAACAAUGUAGGGUGGAGAGGGUGGUAGAAGGAUGCGUCAGAGAGCGAGAGGUCAAAGGGGGUAGUGGUCAGGCCAAAACGAAAGUAGAAAUACAAACAAACGGUACAACUAGCGGGGAAGACAGGUGUGAAGGGGGGGGGGGGGGGGCGAAAAAGGAGACGGCAGGGAAAUAUGUGAACAGAGCGAAGAAAACAAAAAAACAAAGGACAAAGUUUAUUCACUGUUGACAAAUUGUGAACAAAUGCGGGAACAUAUUAUGCAGGGCACGGAUGCAGAGUAGCAGGAUCGUUUUUCGGUUUGUUAGCAUAGCGCGCAGUACUAGUGGGGUUGGCAUUGGUUUUCCAUGUAGCAUUUUUUUGUUUCAAACACGGUUCGGUUUUUAGCACAUCAACACAUCCCGCGGGGAUCUGCACACACAAUCGUAUGACAAAACACACUGCACUUCUUACACUCAUCCAAAACCUCAUUGGCCAUUUCAUCGAACUCAUUCUCCGAUCGAUUUCCAACCCAUUCUCAUGUCCAUGUCUCACUACUCUUUCUGAAGCGUGAAAUGUUGUAAGGCAUGCUGCGCGUGCCAAGCGAUUUGCAGCGGGUAAUAGUUAGCAAUAGCAAAUAGAGCAGACGACCGGACGUUUGUUUCAUCCUGUGUUUUUCAUUUGUUGUUGCGUUAUGCAUUUCUUACUAGUUAAAAGUACCAGUGUGAGUGAAAAUUUGCUUCGUUUAAUCCUAGUUCAUUUCAGCAUAAAGUGAAGAACGAAACUAACCUCAAUAUUAUUACCAAUACAAAAAAAAAACAAAAUACAAACAAAAAAACCAAUAACAUAACAAGACAACGGGGAGGAAAAAAAUUUACAAAGCAUAAAAGUUAAAACGCAAACAUAAAAGAAACAAGUUAAACAAAAACAAAAACCAACAAACAAAACAAGUGUACAACAUAGCAAAAAUGUUUUCUUUUUUUUUCUCUGUGUGUGUGUGUGAAAAUGAUGCGUUAAAGAGUAAGAGAAAAUAACUACUUGAACCAUAUACAAACUCAACAUUGAAAAUAAAUAUGGCGUAAAAGUAGAAGGGAAGGAGCUGAAAGGCUGACGUUGACGGAAGAAAAGAAAAAAAAACACACAAAUGAAUGAAUAAUAUACCGAUAACAUACCCUAUCAAAGACUUUCUUAUUUAAAAGUAUCCCUACAAACAGUAUAAGACGACUGAAAGCCGAGCAGCAACAGAACAUGAACACAGGAAUGAGAGAAUGAAACAAAAGGCGAAAAACUAGUGUGCGAUGUUAUUUGUCGUUUUGAAGCAACAUUCAAAGAGAAGGCUUUUUUAUAUUGACUAUAGAACGGAGAACAGAGAGAGAGAGAGAGAGAGAGCGACGUGGUGGCUGGAGGAGAAGUGUCAGCGCUCGAACAGAAACGAAGAAGCAAGCGGGUUGGGUGUGCGUGGAAAAUGAAUGUUAAUUCUACAAAAUAUAUACGAUAUAUAUAUAUACGACAACACAAACCUUAUUAAUGCUAAAAUUAAACACUAAACAAAAGUAAACCACACUAAGGCAAGCGGUGUCGAUGGUAGGCUGGUGUGCGUACACACACACAGUGUUUUUGGGGACAAAACGAACGUCUGAACGAACUGCACGGCAACCAAUGCUAUCACGGCCGUAAGAAGUAAAGCGACAGUACACUUAAAUGUGUGCGAGGAAUUUUCCGCGUGGCAUGCAAUAAAUCUAUAUGAAUACUAAAAAAGAAAACGAUUGAUGAAGCCAAGCAAAAUCGCUGAAAUUUGCAAGAAGAAAACAAAAACACACACCACUAAAUGAAAGCUCUUGCGCAUGCAGCUGGGAAACACUGUUCACUGUCAUGCAAAACCGAAAAAUAAAACCAUCUACACUACUAAAACCAAAGGCAAAAGAAAAGCCUUCGAAUCCUCGAACAUCAGUCGAAAAAAGCAAAAAGAAGCAACAAAAAAAA